AUGCAGACACAAGCUGCUGGGGUUCAAGUAUUGGGGGACUACACCGCAAGCCAGGUUGGCGGGCAUGGGCGCUGGCCCAAAGACAGCCCCAACAGCAACUACUGCGGCUUCUACAAGAAGCGUACGAUUGUCGAGACAAAUGAGGAUGAUAGUUGGAUUUGGAUGCCGAAACGCCUCCCCUCACAUCGUGGCGCGAAGACCAGAAUAUUGUACGUGCACACGCCACACAGACCAAGUUCGUUUGGUUGGUCGUCGUUCCAUCCAAAGGAUGAAGAAGCAAGUCGCAAUAUUCCAGACAUGAGGAUGUCUUGUCGAAAAGGUCCUUGUGCGGUAGAGAUCGCCAAUCAGUGUUCCGGACUUAUGGUCGAGUACGCAACUCAGGCGACCAAUGCGAUCAGGACAGAUCCUCUUGAAUAUAUCGGAGCUGCUACCUUGCAAUGA